AUGUUGGUACAUUUGAUUCAUCCAAAAGAUAACAAACUCAUUAAUUAUAAAUAUUCCUGGGUCUGCGCUCGCUGUGGCCAUUACCUCAUGCUACCAUCUGGAUUCACGGCCGCACAGAAAACAACAGCGAUAGAGCUUCAUGCCCUCGAUUGGUGCCCGAGGGCAAGUGCGGCCGUUAUCAAUGAAAGGCAGGUGAAGCGUCGCAGAUUAGAUUGUAUGGAGAGAACAGGAUGCCCACCACCUCUUCAUUCCAGGCGAGUGACACUAUUUGGCCCUCCUCAUGCGACCAACUUGUCACUCCCUGUUCCAACUUUUUCCUCUGUCCAACGAAGUGCGUCCAAGGGGGUUAAUAAGAAAAUAAAAAAAAUGCAAAAAAAUAGAAAUCAAAAAAAUGGAAAUAAAAAGAAUAAAAAAUAA